AUGGCGAGCUGCAGCAGCUCUCAGGCCGAAUUCACUGUCCGGGGGAAAUACAAGCUGGUGCGCAAGAUCGGGUCUGGCUCCUUCGGGGACAUCUACUUGGCGAUCAACAUCACCAACGGCGAGGAGGUGGCGGUGAAGCUCGAGUCCCUGAAGGCCAGGCACCCGCAGCUGCUGUACGAGAGCAAGCUCUACAAGAUCCUGCAGGGCGGGGUGGGCAUCCCGCACAUCCGGUGGUACGGGCAGGAGAAAGACCACAAUGUGCUGGUCAUGGACCUCCUGGGGCCCAGCCUGGAAGACCUCUUCAACUUCUGCUCCAGGAGCUUCACGAUGAAGACUAUACUGAUGCUGGCGGACCAGAUGAUCAGCAGGGUGGAAUAUGUGCAUACAAAGAAUUUCAUACACAGAGACAUCAAACCGGACAACUUCCUCAUGGGCAUCGGGCGCCACUGUAAUAAGUUGUUCCUGAUUGAUUUCGGUUUGGCCAAAAAGUACAGAGACAACAGGACAAGGCAACAUAUACCGUACAGAGAAGAUAAAAACCUCACGGGCACGGCCCGGUAUGCGAGCAUCAAUGCCCACCUUGGCGUGGAACAGAGUCGCCGGGACGACAUGGAAUCGUUAGGCUAUGUUUUGAUGUAUUUUAACAGAACCAGCCUGCCCUGGCAAGGGCUGAAGGCUGCCACCAAGGUACAGAAAUACGAGAAGAUUAGUGAAAAGAAGAUGUCCAUUCCUGUUGAAGUCUUAUGUAAGGGGUUUCCUUCGGAAUUUGCCAUGUACUUAAACUACUGCCGUGGGCUGCGCUUUGAAGAAGCCCCGAAUUACAUGUACCUGAGGCAGCUCUUCCGCAUUCUUUUCAGGACCCUGAACCACCAGUAUGACUACACAUUUGACUGGACAACGCUGAAGCAGAAAGCAGCCCAGUCGGCGGCCUCUUCCAGUGGGCAGGGUCAGCAGGCCCCAACCCCCACAGGUUUCUAA